CUUAUUCAUAAAUGGCCGCCGCGCGGAAACGGCCUGGUUUCGAAUGCAUGAAAGCGAGGCUUGGUAGGCCAAGGUUCACAGAUCAAAACAAAACCACAAUGGCUUCUCACAGAUCUUCUGAUGGAACUGUGCGCGUGAUACUCACAGAAGACGAUAUUCCUGGAGCUUCCUUAGCUGGUAGAAAUCCUUCUUCACUGAAAAAUGACGAGCUAAAGUUUUGGUUGAGAUGUCGUGGCGAUUCACUCAAGGGUCUUAAGACGAAAGCACAGCUCGUAAAACGAGUCCAAGACUAUGUUGAAAAUGGAAGGGAUAAAAUGCUGGUUGACCCUGAUGGAGAUAAAAUUUACACGAAAAGGAAGGCAAGGUUUUCGAGUUUACUACCAAACGAUUAUGUCUCUCCUGUCACCUCAAGUGUGAAAUACCCGAGCGAUGGAUGGGGAAAGUCGCUUGAAAGGAUGCCGUGUUUCACAAGAGCCGAAAUGAACCAGCACGUGGCAAAUUCUGGAAAGCGAGUUGCAAAUGCCGAGCACCACUCAAUUCCAACUAAUUUAAAGAAGGCAAAAACAUUUCUGAAGGACGAAUACCUAAAGGAAAUUGAGGCGAACAGUGAUCAAAGGUAUUUUUAUUUGAAAGCGAAUUGCUAUCACAGUUUCAGGAAAAGUGAAGCUCCACAUGAUCUUCGUUUUGCCAUGUGCAUUGUCUCAGGUCAAGUCAUACAUGCCAACUGUUCAUGCAAAGCUGGCAAAGUGGGAUAUUGUAACCACAUUCUUGCUUUAAUGUUUAAAGCGUGCAAGUUUAGUUUAUUUGACAGCAAGAGCACAGAAGAUCUGUGCCAGGAGGAUGAUGAACAACCGGAUCUCGCCAGCACAUCCCAGCUUCAAAGAUGGCACAAGAAGGGUCGUGGGGACAAAAUAUCUGCUCAACCGGUAAUGGAAGUUACCAUUUCAAAAACACGGAAAGAAGAUUUGCAGAGAAGUCUUAGCGGAAAAGUUAGCCCCAGACCAGGAGCUGCGCCGAGUCAAUUCGUAUGGAAGCGAAGUUCGCCUCGUAAACGAGCACCACCGACACCACGCUUUAGGGCUACAACAGUGACAAAAACAAAAGCGCUAGAAGUUAGGGAGGCUGUGGAUUCUUCCACCGAAUGCAGCGAAAUUAUCAGUGAGCAUGCUACGUAUACAUCAACAAAUAUGGGGACUUAA